AUGUUGAUAAAUACAUUUUGUAGGAAUGGACCAGAUUCUGUUUGUACCAGUCCUUCCAAUGAGGUAGUAAAUCUACAGCAGCCUGGGGGGCACAUCCUGGGGGCAGGAUCUUGUGAUGGGGUUGGAGUUUUCUUCUCUGGCAGUGUGGGACUUUUUUCCAUCAGUGCUCCACAGAAACAGGAAAUCAGUAUUAUGGAGGAGCCUUCACAAGAUCUCACCACAAUGGACAUGUCAGUAUUGACGGCCAGCCACGCUAAAAUGCAGGAAUUGUCCAUGAGUGAAGACAGAACGGCCCGACUCAAGUCUGCGUUUAUUGCGACCAUGAGGGGCAACAUUGCUGCAGCCCAGACAACCAUUGAUGAGUUAUUUCCCCCUGAUGAAGUGUCCACGGAUUUAGAUCAGAUAGUUGUCUCCCUUGACAGAGAUCUCGUGAAUGAUUUUCCCGCCUCUGAUCCACGAUGGGCGGAGUCAAGACAAGAUGCCACCAGUAGCACCACUUCACUAAUCAUCAUCAAUCAGCUGACAGAUAAACUCCGAGCUCACGAGUACGUCAUCAACUUCCUCAAAAGGAUGAGUCUCUGGGAACAGUUGAAUCUUGUAACCAUACGGGACACACGGAUGUUGACAAGACAUGUGAUGUGUGAGCACGCAGAAAAAGUACAGGCCGCCAUUGCAUUACGCCAAUUACAUGGGGAGUUUACUGGUAUAGUAGAUGCAGUCAUAAAGAAAGUGUUGGAGAUGAGACGAGACGUCAACAUUUCCCUAAACCUGACCCCACAGGACUUAUUUUACAGAGAGGUGUCAAGGAUACAGGAAGUAGUCGAGUGUUUGUUGGCGUAUCAGGAGGAAGUUCUAAUGGCUGACGUCACAGUAACAGAGAUUCUCACUGUCAUUACGUCAGUCAACACAAUAUUACAGGAAAUGUUACAUAAAGCUUUACAGUAUCGUCAGACCAAAUCCACAAUGUAUGAAUGUGAGGCCCCUCAAGGGGACAUCCCAGAAUACAUACCAUGGACGUCAACAGGAGGGGAUCAUGGAAUCAGGACAUUCCUUGUUAAACAGUUCAGUAAGACAAUAGAGGUGGUAAUUCCUGAACUCCGAGAUCGCGAGGGUCAAGAGAGGAUUUACCAACAGCUUGCCGCCAUCGCUGAUAUUGUCCUGGACGGUUACGUCAGUCAGGUAGAGUCACUAGAAAAUAAUGUCAGUAGACGACAGCACUUCAACGAGCUACAGCGACGGUACGAACAGGACAGACAACACCUGAUUAUGCCGCUCAUGGAGGGGAAGCAGUACGAGUUAGUGGCAUCCCUAGCCGAGAAAUAUUGUGACUUUGAAAUCCUGAUUCAGCUGUGUGAGUUGUCACACAACACAGAUAGGAUAGAGAAAUAUCUACAUCAGUUCUCUGACAAGGUCUUUGCAAAUUUCCUAUAUACAUGGUACAUGAAAGAAGGUAAGAGAGGAAAACUCCUGGCUUUACCAGUCAGUCAGCAGAGAGAACUGGGUAGAUUUCUACAAAAGGAGGACAUUAAAUCUCUUAGCUGGCUCCAUAAUAUACAGACCAACAACUUCUCUAAGGCCCACACCACUCUUUUAGAGUUGGGCAAAAUGGAGCGGGGCUCUCUGGCAAAGAAAAAGACACUGUUAAGUCUGAGUAAAUUGGCCGGACUAGCAGCUGACCAAGAUAACGGAGAAAUAGAUAGCAACAUACUAGACAUCAAUGAAGAACAAGAAUUAAUUGCCCAUCAGCAGCAGUUACCUGCCCUUGUCAUAGAGAACCUUGGCAUGGAGCCAAGCAAUAUGAGAGUUCUCUCCCCUGUACAGCUGAUAGAGUUAUACAUCUCAGGAACAAACAUUGAUGCCACAGAAUAUGAUUUCAAGAAAGCGCUGGAUCUCUUACAAUACACAGACAAGACUGACCCAUCAAUUGACUAUGAAAGUCUGAGGAUGCACAUUUGGGCCCAGUCUAUUCUUAGAGACAGCUGGCAACAAGAUGAUUCUGUGGAUGUUAUGGAAACCAUCAUGAAUACUGUGUUCUUCAAAACAGUGGACCUAGCUUACAAAGAAGGAAUGGAUGUGAAGACAUUUAUGCCAGAAUUGAGAGCAGUGUUAAAUUGUAAUGAACUUGGAGAACUUAAAGAUAAUGCUGGCUUUCAGUAUGAUAUGAACAUAUUGGACAAGUGUUAUGAUUUAUAUGACCAUAUUGGACAAGUGUUAUGAAUUACAUGUAUGUAAAGUCACAGAUGAGUCUGCAUCCGAUACCAGCUUUGUAUGAACUUAUUGAAUAUGAAGUGUGAUGAUCCAUGUUAAGUGAAAUAGAAGUGUACAGGGAAUAUAGUUAAUGUGCAAAGUAUGGAAAGGUAGCUCAGUAAUAAAUCUAAUAAUGAAAUGUGUAGUAGAAUUAAGGUGUCACUUGAAAUUUUGUUGGAAGGAUUUGUUGUAAUA